CAUAAGAAAUCAUUCUCAUUCUCGCGUCCGACGUCGUUCGUUCCUCCGCCGUCCAAUGCUUCAGAACUGCUGUCUGGUCGAGUGUCUGAUCGACGAAAUCAAGAACCGCCCAAGGGUGCACUGUUCCCUCAAAUUAAUUAAACUCGGGGCGUAUGCGAUAGCGCCCUUCUCAUUUUUCAAGCUCAACGCAUACAUCAACCAGUGCAUCCUCAAUCUCCUGAACUGAAUCCGAUCGACGAAUUUUCUUAUCGUGUGUCGGCACUGGCCACCGUUGUUUAGUGGAUACUUAGUUGUGGUGGAGUGACAUGCAUUAGUGUUAGAUCCUGAUUCGGGGUACAAGGAGCUAUCGAUUUCUUGAGAAUGAGGAGGCCACCCGGACUGUGGAUCCUCCUGUCAGCAGGUGUCCUUUGGUUAAGUCUUCAAGAUGUCUAUGGUAUAAGGGCAACUGCCCUAAUUUUUGGCAAAUCAUCGACAACGACCACAACGGAAGUGCCUUCGGACGACUCCAACCCCACUGGUGAAGACGAAGGUGCUAGUACGGAAUCCAGUUUGGAGACGAAUGCCACUGGUCCAACGUUAACGGGGAAUCCCCAGAUCGACUAUAAAUGGGACCCCAACUUGCCCAAGGAACUUAACGGCUACAAUUUAUCCGAUUAUCCUUUCUAUGAAAGGGUCCCAGAUGAGGAAAUCGACUUUAAAUGUGACGGACUUCACGACGGAUUUUAUGCAAGUGUCCCACACAAAUGUCAAGUUUAUCAUCACUGCCUUUUCGGAACCAGAUAUGACUUCUUAUGCGCCAACUACACUGCCUUUGAUCAGAAGACCUUCAUCUGUCAUUUCGUAUCGGAAGUUGAUUGCGUAAAUUCUAAGAAAUACUGGCAUAGAAAUGAUGCGUUGUAUAAAGCUGCAUCCACAACUACCGCCGAACCCCUGGUAAUUCGAACAACUCCAGCAGAUGCUCCACUAUUGCCACCUGUUGGUCAACCUACUGGCGUGGGAGUUGCUCCUAGAAGACAGCCAGGAAGGCGUAGAAGACCUCCACCAAGACGAAGGCCAGCCGACUACGACUACUACGAAGACGACUAUUAUGAAGAUGAUUAUUACGUUCGUCCAAGACAGGGAAGUAGGUGGAAAAGGCCAAGACCCAGGCCAAGACCUGUGUAUGAUGAAUACGAUGAUGAGUACGAGGAUAGAUAUGAACGUCGUGGAUCUGGCAGACGUGACGAAGAUAGAAAGAGGCCUUAUGAUAGAGAUGAAAGAAGGCCUGUCGAUAGAAGGAAGAACAAGGAUAGACGAAAAUACGAUUAUGAUGAUGAAGAAGAUGACAGAAGAGUUGAUAAUGACGAUAGAAAGGAUAGAGACGAAAAUGUUAGUUUAAGACGCGAUAAUGACAAAAGAAAGUCUAAUGAAGACGACUCUGAUAAAAGAUCGUCUGACAGGGCAUACGACAAGAGACGCCCAUAUGGAGAAACUAACAAACGUAAAAAUAGUAAUGAAGAAAGAAAUGAUAGAAGACCUAUUUUUAAUAAGAGAAGACAACAAGAAAGAGACGAUGAGGAGAGAAAACCACCUAGAAAAUCACAAAAAAGGCCCUAUGAUGAUUACGAAGAGGAGCCUCAAGCAGAUGAUAGCAGACCUUACGAAAGACCUAGAAAAGAGGAAAGAAGAAAUAACAAACCAAUUGUCACUGAGGAGAGGCCAAUCAUUAAGCCCGUCAGUGGAACUAUAUAUGAUCGUCCAAGAGUAGCUCCGAGAAUAAAGCUUCCUGUGCCAAAAAAUGAAGCUGACAAAUAUGCCUAUAAACCGGUUGCUACUCAAGCACCUCCUCCUAAAUUAGAUGAUGAUUAUUAUGACGACUACGAGGAAGAACCUAGAGAAAAACCAAGUAGAAAACCUGUUGAAUCCAAUGAAAGACCGAAUAAAGGAUCUUCCCAAAGAGAAGAACCAGAAAAACGUGACAACAAAGACAGUAGAAAGCCUUGGAGACACAGAGUUUCUAGUGCUAAACCUGCAGUAGAAGAAUCUGAGGAUACAUAUGAGAGACCUAAAUCCAGCACUAAAAGACCCAAAUCCAAUGGUAACAGGUAUACAUCAAGCAGCAGAAAACGUCCAGUUGUGGAGGAGUAUUACGAGGAUUAUGAAGAGGAAGAACCCAAAAUUUCAAAGCCUAAGGAAAUAAAAGAAAAACCGUCUACCACUAGUACGACUACUACAACCACAACUACUACAACUACUACAACCACUACAGAGGCGCCUGAAUAUAAACAGGAGCCAAUUGUUCGUAUUGUAAAGAGGCCUUUUUUGCCAAGCAGAGGAGGUAAUCCUUAUUCUGCGAGAGGUUUACAACCAGUAGGUUCGAAAGUGACCGGAAAAACGAAUAAAUACAAUGAAGAAGAUUAUGACACCGUUUCGGAAGAACCAGAAUUACAGGAUGAAAGAGAGUCCAAUCAAAAACUAAACAAAUUCGAAUUGAAGUCCACUGAGUACAUUCAAAAAGAACAGCAAAAAAGUGAAUAUGUACAACCUGAAGUAAUAGACAAGAAACCCUUCAAACCUUCCCCAAUAAUUAUUAAAGUGCCAAUUCGACAGAAGUUUGUUGCUUCCGAUGAACCCAAUUCAAACAGACAAGAGCAAAGACCAUAUCAAAAUAAGGAGUACAAUGGGCCUAGAACAACCCAGAAACCGAAACUUGUUGAAAAAAAUCCACUAGACUUGAAUGAGUACGAUGUAACUUUGAACGACGCUUUGAAUCCAACACUGCCAAAUUUGCCAGUCAGGGGAUUUCCCACGGGCUUUAGUGCUGCCAACGACUACACCUUCAGUUCGUUCCAACGACCUAGAUACGUUCUAGAUCCAGUUUUAAGUCCAGCUAGUUCUGAUUACAAUUAUCAGGGCAAAGUUUCAAGACCAACGAGGUACGAGGGCGCUAACACUGAACAGUUCUCUAAUACGAACACAGGUCAACAAUAUAGUACAAUUGGAGGCAACUUUAGGCCCAGACAAACGCAAGCGUACUACACAAGCUAUUAAGAAUACUCAAAAGCCAUAUAAAUUAUUAGGUGUAUUAAUAUAAAUGUUUCUCUAUAAAUUAAUUUUCGUGUGCGAUUGAAGAAAAAGAAGAAAUCGGAUAUUUAUGUUAGUUAAGGCGUGGUCGGAAUCGUUGGUCAACAAUCUCAUAGGCUAAAUUAAUUGUUGACCAAACUUCCAAAUGUAAGUGAUAUCUAUUGUAUAUAUCUUUAAGUUUAAACAAUGUUUCUGAUUGUCCCAAAAAUGUAUACAAAAUAUAUUUAUAUUUAAUGAUUAAAUAAAAAGAUUAAAAAAUUA